AUGACACAAACUAGUUUCAGAAUUCUGAUUUUGGCAGCUGCAGUUUUGUUAAUACAAACUGUAUGGGCAAGAAGUGCCCAUCAUGAAUUGUUGAAAGAAAAGGAAAAGAGUAUCUACAAAGAAGAAAAGAUAGAAGAAGCUGAGGCUGUGACAUUUACUUUUGCCAAGCACUUUCAAAACCACCUAGUACUGCAGCGAGAGCCUGCAAGAGCUAAUAUCUAUGGCUUCUCCCCAAAUGUCGGUGAGACAGUUAAUGCCCAGCUGGUGACCCCAACAAGAACGUACACGUACUCAACCACAGUCGAAAAAUCUUCAGAUGCAAGUGUAGGAAUCUGGACCGUGGAGCUGGACCCUCAGAAUGCCGACACCCCAGCCAACAUUAGUGUCACAUCUAAAGGAAUCACCCUGACACUGACUGAUGUUAUUUUUGGAGAUGUCUGGAUAUGCUCUGGUCAGUCAAAUAUGCAGUUUCCAGUGAAUCAUAUGGAUGAUGCGGCUGCUGAAAAAGCAGAUGUGAACUAUCCAAAUAUUCGCCUUUUCACAGUCACAGAUAAGCUGUCCACUGUACCACUAGAUGAUCUUAUUGAGGUUCAGCAAGGCUGGACUAGACCAAGCUCUGGUGCUGUGGGAGGUUUCUCUGCUGUUUGCUGGGUGUUUGGGAAAAACAUUCACAAGACUCUGGGCCAUGCUGUAGGUCUAGUGCACUCCAGCUGGGGCGGCACUCCAGCAGAGGCUUGGUCAUCUCCUGUAGCCCUGGCUAAAUGUGGCAAUCUUGUUAGAAAGCCAGACAAAUAUGCUGAUUAUGAUGAGGAAUAUAUGAAUCAACUAGCCAAAGUGAUGAAACUGGAAGAUCAAAAUUCCAACUCUGUUUUAUGGAAUGCAAUGAUCCACCCUUUUCUGAAAACAUCUAUAAAGGGAGCAAUCUGGUAUCAAGGUGAGGCUGAUGCAAGUGGUGUUAAAAUGCAACAUUAUAACUGUACUUUCCCAACAAUGAUCAGUGACUGGAGAUUGAAUUUUCAUCAGGCAUCUAACAGUCAGACAAAUCCUUCUUUUCCAUUUGGCUUUGUGCAGUUGGCCCCGAAUGCAAAUGCUCCUAGCCUUACAUCAGGAUUCCCAGAUAUUCGCUGGCAUCAGACGGCUGACUACGGUUAUGUGCCAAACCAAAAGAUGUCGGAUACAUUCAUGGCUGUUGCAAUGGAUCUACCAGACUUUAACUCACCAUAUGGCAGCAUUCACCCACGUGACAAAAAAGAUGUCGGAGACAGGUUAGCACUGAGUGGUCUGGCUGUUGCCUAUGGGUUGCCGGAAGUUUUCCAAGGCCCAUAUCCAUCAAAGGGGGAAGUAACUGCUGGUGGAUUUAAGAUUACCUAUGGUUCUUCUGCUAGCUUGGAGAUUAAAAGUGUUUCUGGAUUUGAGCUGUUGUGUUCAGCAAGGUGGGCUGUUGCAAACAUUACAUCACAUGACGAAGUCAGCAUCACGCUUCAAAAUGUCUGCUCUGCUAGUGAGAGUAUUAAGGGAGUACGCUAUGCAUGGAGAGAAUCGCCCUGCUCUUUUAAGGCAUGUGCUGUCUACGGAAAAGUGAAUAGCUUGCCUGCACCUCCAUUCAUUCUUACAGUGACUUCAGAUACCAAAGGGCAUUCCUACAUUGAUUUUCAUGCUCCAGCUCACAAUUAG